AUGGAAAACUCUUCAGGUGCCAAAGACAGAGAAACAGACGACGUCACCAGGGAGACCAUCAUCUCUGCCAAAUACCACAGCUCAUUUUUUGUGACUAGCAGUGUACCAAGACUUGCCCACACCACAGCCUCCAUCUGCAUUUACUCGACCCUUAUCCUGCAGGACAAUGGGGUGAAGGUGACUGGGGACAAAAUCAAUGCCCUCAUUACAGCUGCUGGUAUAAAUAUUGAACCUUUCUGGCCAGGCUUGUUUGCAGAGGCUCUGGCCAAUGUCAACAUUGGGAGCCUUAUCCACAAUGUAGGGGCUGGACCUGCCCCAGCAGCUGGUGCUACACUAUGGGGGCGCCCUGCCCCCUCCACCACUGGUGCCCCAGCUCAGGGGGAGAAACUGGAAGCAAAGAAAAAAAAAUCUGACAUGUCUGAUGAUGAUGUGGGCUUUGGUCUUUUUGACUAAACCUCUUUCAUAACACUUUCAAAAAAAGCUAAACUCUGCUAAAAAAGCAAAAUAAAAGUAGAGGUUGAAGAGUCAAAUGUAACAAUGUGUUAAACUACACACAUGUAUACAUAUGGAUAUAUGUCCAUGUAUCACUUACCAUGCAUACAGAUACAUACAGAAUCAUAUAUGUUUGUGUGCCUGAGUCUAUGUUAAUGAAUAAUGGAAAUAUUUAUAGAACAAAAUAUUAAUGUGAUGAGAUCACUGGUGAUUUCCUUUUAUUCUUUUGUUUUUUUCUAUUUCCUAAAAUAACAUGCCUUGCUCAUAAAACCACUUAAAAAGUAUAUCUAUAUAUAAACACAUACUGGUGGAUCUUAUUUUAAAGGUAUGCUGUUAGUUCAAAAAUAAAAUAAAAGAUCACUAAAAAAGAGUCAAUAACCCAGAAACAGACUGUUAUAUAGAGAAGUAUAUUAUGCGAUAAAGCAUGAAAAAUUGGAAAGAAUUACUUAAUAAAUUGUAUUAAGAUAUUUUAGAAUUACCUUCAUAAAAUUCAGAUGGAUUUAGUAGUCUAUAAUA